AUGCAUCGCAAAAAGUGGGCCCCAUCUAAAUCUUCGGUGCUCUGCAGCAGACAUUUUGAGGAGGCCUGUUUCGAUCGUACAGGGCAAACUGCGCGACUCAAGAGAGAUGCUGUGCCUACAAAGUUUGGCUUUUCACAGCACCUCCUGAAAAGGGUACAGCCAAGAAAACCACCUCCAACAAGACAUAGCAUAGAGGUAGAGCAGGACGUCAACCAUGAGAUUUCACAGCCAGGACCAUCGUGGGCUGCAGGUCCAGGGGUCUUGUCACCUCAGCCAGUCCGAUCCUCACAUAACCUUGCUGCUGACCACACAUACACAGUGCAAGACAGUCCACGGACCUUAAAAAGGAAGAUAGACAUCACAGUUGAAGCACUGGACAACGUGAAGAAGAAGUUGCAACGCUCAGAAGAAAAUGCCCGAAGACUGAAGAAAAAGGUACUCACUGCGGACAGUGUUAUAGAAGAUCUCGAGAAGAAAUCUCUCGUAUCAAGUCAAUGCACUGACAUGCUUCGUGGCACCUUGUCUGAUGUGCAGCUAGAUUUAGUACAGCGCACCCUACAGAACAAAGCUGGAAAAGUAAGCAGAGAGCAGUAUCCACAGUCACUGCGUAGCUUUGCGCUCACUCUCCAGUUUUAUUCAACAAAGGCAUACGAGUACGUCAGGAAGACAUUUAACCUUUCGCUUCCACACCAGGCGACACUUAGGUCGUGGUACAGCUCUAUACACGGCGAACCAGGUUUCACACAGGAAGCCUUUGAUGCACUCAAGGUUCUAGGUCCACAUCUCUGA